AUGGUAACAGAAAAAGAAGUUUAUUUAUCAGAAGAUUGUUGGGGACAUGUCUUCCAAUUAUUCUUGAACGAUGAUGAAGGUCAUUAUCACUUUUUACAAUCUCUUUCAACCGUUUCAAAAGAGUUUCUCUCCGUGACUAGCCGUUACCGACUCUCUCUCACAAUUACUAAUCAAACCUCUCCUUUUCUUCCUCGCCUUCUCCAAAGAUUCACCAACCUCACCUCCCUCAAUAUCGCAAGUUUCUCCGGUGAUCGCAACACGCUUCUCUACCAAAUCUCUUGUUUUCCCUUACAACUAAAAUCUCUUAACCUUUCUAACCACCAAACAAUUCCCAUUAAUGGAUUACGAGCUUUCUCUCAAAAAAUUACAACUUUGACCUCUCUCGUUUGUUCCAAUAUUGGAUAUAUCCGUAAAACUGAUUUAUUCUUGAUCGUUGAUUGUUUUCCUUUACUCGAAGAACUUGACCUUAGUAUCCCUGAAUUUAUUGAUUUCUAUGAGGAUUUUGAAAUAAGGGAUCUUACAUUAGCACUUCCUAAGCUCCGCAAGGUUAAUUUCUCUGGCGUUUACUACCUUAACGACUCAUCGAUUUUUCAUCUUUGCAAGAAUUGUAAGAAUCUUGAAGAGGUUGUAAUGAUUAAAUGCGAAUGCUUAACUCAUACAGGGAUUGCCUUUGCUCUCCGUGAGAGACCAACUUUGAAGUCUCUCUCUGUUACUAUUUCCGAGAAAGUGGUUAUUAGUUUGGAGUUGAUUAAUUCUCUAAGGAGUUUCAAGUGUUUGAGUUGUCUUGAUUUGUCGUUUUCGCGUAUCUCGGAUCAAUUGCUCUCAUCUCUUGCGGACGAACGUCUUCCUUUGAAGAGAAUCGUCCUUAGACGUUGUAGCAACUAUAAUUAUGUUGGAAUCUUUUACUUGUUAUGCAAGUCUCAGUUUUUGCAACAUCUGGAUCUUCAAAAUGCUAUAUUUUUGGAUGAUUAUCACGUUGCUACGUUGUCUUUGCUUCUUAAGAAUUUGAUAUCUAUAAACCUUAAUUAUUGUUGGAAGCUCACGGAAAAAUCAUUGAUUGCACUUGUUAAGAGCUGUCCUUUCUUGGAUGAGAUAAGAAUGGAAUACACUUUUAUAGGAAAAUUGGAGGUAGAAAAGUAUAGUUCUUUGAUGAAUUUUGUUGCAGAGCCUCCAUUGAAGUCUCUCUAUUUUUCUUGCAAUCCAUGGUUAAAUGAUGAAAGCAUCAAAAUCUUUGCUUCCAUCUUUCCAAAUUUGCAACUACUUGACAUCAGCUCUUGUCGGGUUAUAUCAGAAGGUAUUGUGGAAAUUUUAAGGAGAUGCAUUAAAAUGAAGCAUUUGAACUUGACAUCUUGUUCAAGAGUGAACCUACACGGGUUGAACUUCCAAGUUCCUAAACUGGAGGUGUUGAAAUUAUCAAUGACAAACAUUGAUGAUGAAACACUAUAUGUGAUCUCAAAGAAUUGUCGUGGGCUACUUCAAUUGAAUUUGAAACAUUGUUUUAAUAUCAGCAAGAAAGGGGUCAAACAAAUAGUAGAAAAUUGCACGCAGUUAAGAGAGAUAAAUUUGUAGUAUUGUCAUAAAGUUGAUGUUGAUUUCUAGAUGGUGAUGGUGUUUUGAAGGCCAUGAUUGAAGAUAUUGAAACUCUGACCUCUUUUGCUACCAAUGCAUGGUUUAUAGAACAAGUUUUGAAAUCAUUCUUAAAGCAAACGUUAUCAUAACAUGUAAAACCAUAGUUGACAUAUCAUGGUUCAAUUUAAGUAUGUUUGAUUAAUUGAAAGUUUUUUCUUCCUGUUUUUGACCUUUGGAUUGUGGUCUUUAGCCAACACUAUAUUCUGUUUUUUGUUCCUGAAGUGCUGCAACUACCUACUAGU